GUUUUCUCUUCUUCUCAUUUAUCACUUCGGCUGCUGCAAGUGACCACCGAAUCAUAAAACCCUAGCCAUGGCGACGAAACCAGCUAAACAAUCCGUGCAAUGCUUCGGGAGGAAGAAGACCGCCGUCGCCGUCACCCACUGCAAGCCCGGGUGCGGUAUGAUCAAGCUCAACGGUUCCCCGAUCGAGCUCUUCCAGCCCGAGAUCCUCCGGUUCAAGAUCUACGAGCCGGUCCUUCUCCUAGGGAAGCACCGUUUCGCGGGUGUCGACAUGAGGAUCCGUGUUAACGGUGGUGGUCACACUUCACAGGUCUACGCGAUUCGUCAGAGCAUCGCCAAGGCGUUAGUUGCUUUCUACCAGAAGUACGUUGACGAGCAGUCGAAGAAGGAGGUCAAGGAUAUCUUGAUAAGGUACGAUAGGACUCUUCUCGUUGCGGAUCCGAGGAGGUGCGAGCCGAAGAAGUUUGGUGGGCGUGGUGCUCGUUCUCGUUUCCAGAAGAGUUACCGUUAAUCAAAAUCUGGUUUGUUCAUUGCUCAAAAUGAGACGUUAGACUCUCAUUUGCGUUUUUUUUUUCAAUUGUUAUUGGAUAAUGGUUAAUUUGCCAAAGAACUUUUGUUUUUUUUACAAUGUCUGCUCGUUUAAUGUCUUUACUCCGAUUACUAUUUUAUUUUUGUUAAUUGAUUGGUCGCUUAAAUGA